UAACUAUUCAUCCACUGCAGCGCCCAGCCUUUAGCACUGAAAGCAAAGGCCAGCUCCACCAUCAUCGUCCCAAACUCAGCGCCAUCAUCCCACUGAGUGGACUGGCGCGAUAAUUUCCGGAUUUUCCCAGCCAGCUUAUCGCUUCAAACCACCUCAUCAACCAUGCCGCGCCCGCCAAAGAACAAGGCCGUGCCCGAGCCUGUGGUUCCCGCCGCAGCGCCGGUCACCGUUCCCGUCGCAGCGCCAGCUGCUGCUCUCAACAUGAGCAUGAUGAACAUGAGGGCUCCUGGAGGAGGUCCUGUUAUCGAUCCUGACCAGUUCCUCCGUGUCAGAGAUUCGGUUUACCAAAGGCUCCUGACAAUCCAGGACUUGAUGAGAUCCUUUUCCCAGGACUUUCUGCGCCAGACCAACCUUCUCAUUGGGGAGAGUACCAACCUUGAUGAUGGAGCGGAGUUGGAACGCAUGGCCGGACAUCUCACCAAUAUGGCCAAUAUGAUUCCGGCUGCUUUCGUGCCUCCGCAGCCGCCGGUUGAGGAAAAGAAGGAGCGCAAGAAGCGGACUCACGACCCGAAUGCGCCCAAGCGUCCUCUGACCCCGUACUUCCUGUACAUGCAGACUGCACGUCCCAUCAUUGCCAAUGAUCUUGGAGACCAGGUGCCCAAGGGCGCCGUCCAGGACGAGGGCCAGCGCCGGUGGUCCGUCAUGAGCCCGGCCGAGAAGCUCGGCUGGAACCAGGCAUACCAGUACAACCUCCGCCUGUAUAAUGCCCGGGUCCACUCGUACAAGCACGGCAACCCGGAUGCCAAGAACAUGACAGACGACGAAGCCCGCGCAUACGCGGAUCAGCACGGCAUCGGCCUGCCACCUCUCACGCAGGUCGCCGAGGCGGCGCCGGCCGCUGACGAGGAAGCCAUUGCUGAGCAGCUGCAGCAGAGCGCCGCGGCGGAACCGUCGCCUCCCUCGGAAGCUUCUGAGGAGGAGCCGGCGGCCCCAGUGGCCAAGACGCCCAAGAAAAAGGAGACCCGCAAGCGGAAGAGCACGGCGGCAGCGGCGACGCCAGCUCCCGCUGCGGCGGAACCCGAACCCGCCAAGUCCGCAGCAGCGACGCCCGCCAGCCCAGAGGCCAAGAAGCGGAAGCGGGUAUCCAAGGCAGUCGAGCAGGUGGUGGAGGAACCUAAGAAGUCUGGUCGUAAGAAGACUAAGGCCUAGAGUUUCUUACCAUUGCUUUCUUGGUCUCUUGCCGGUUCUGUCUUCCACACUCUCUUCGGCGUUUCUGGGAGAUGAAGUCU